AUGGCGCCGAUUCUUUCCAUCGGCGCAAUUGCCGACAUCAGUACUUUCAGUGCUCCAUCUCGACAGCUUGUCUCUCGCGCUCUACCCUCCGAAUCCCUCGUAUCCGCAAUUAUCGUCCUUUCGGUGAUCUCAACGCUUCUGCUCGGCAGCAUGGUCUUCGUGUUGGCCAGAAUCUGGAAACAAGUGGUGGCCAAGAGAAUUAGUUCAGUACCAUCCCAAGCACCCAAGAACGAAAGCGGAAUUUCUGAGCGGAAGCAAAGUGACUGGGCCAGAAAGAAUAGCAACGUGCUCUGGUCCAUGUAUAUCGAAGAGGACGAUCUGAAAGCUCAAUUCGCCGUCUCACCCAAGUCGAGGCUAUUCUCAAUUGGAUCUGUCUCCACCGUUGAUCAGGGAAGGUGUCCGCUGGAGCGGCGCCAUUCGGAUAGCAAUCCAUUGGGCCAGCACAGGAUUGCGGAUGACAAGAAUCCCAAGACGGCGGCGUCAACUACCGACCUUCGCAGUCGAACUCCAUUUGAACACCAGACAACCCCAACCAAGAAUACCGCUCGUGCGCGGGCGCUGUCUCAACCUAGCAACCACAAAUACAGCACUUCCAUCGAGGAACUGGCGAAGCGCAAACAAAGUGUACCCGCACGGAUCGAUGAAGAGGUCUUUGGGGGCUACGAGUACUAUGGAAGCCCAUGA